CAACUCUGUUAUACGGCGCACUGUCUUUUCUCCGAUAGCGCUCUCUCUCUCUCUAUAUAUAUAUCUCUUUCUCUCUCUAAGCUGCAAAACCCUUUCUUAAUUCCCCAUUCAAAUCAAUCCGUGUUCACACACACCUCUCAAAACCAUCAAAAGGGUAUCGUAAUACGAGUUUUGAAGAAAAAGACACGUGGUGAAAUUGAAAUUGGAAGUUAUAUAUAUGGAGAGCAGUAUAGCGAAAGAUGAAAACGGGCGUGUUCCUCUUUCAGGGAUGGUGGCUGAUUGUGUGAAGCGUUGGUUUAAGGAUGCUUUAAGAGAGGCUAAAGCUGGUGAUGUUAAUAUGCAGGUUUUGGUUGGUCAGAUGUAUUAUAAUGGUUAUGGUGUUCCCAAAGAUGCUCAAAAGGGAAGGAUUUGGCUGACAAAAGCAUCAAGGGUUAGGUCUUCAGUUUGGAAAGUUGGAGAUAAGCGUCCUGGUUAUAAUGCAAGUGAUUCUGAUUCUGAAGAAUUGACAGAGGAUUCUUAAGCAGAUUAAAUUUGGUGUCAUUCCUAAAUUCUGAAAAGUAUAUGCAUCGCCCACGACACCAUGCUUCUUCAUAUCCACCAUAUGAAUGUUGUACCAGUUAUACAUUUAUUUUGUGAUCAAUGUAGGAUUUGCUACACCAUUUUUUAUCAAUCAAGGGAAAAUGAAAGUAAUCUUUUGUUUUUUUUUUUGAGCAAAUUGUUGGUUGGUAAUUGAGGUUUCUUUCUCCCUUUCCUUGACUUGGCACCAUAUCAUGCAAAUAGAAUAGAGCAUAGGUUUGUAUUUGUUUUUAAACGGUGUACAAGACAUCAUUCUGAAGGCUGAAAUCUCUGCAGUUUGGAGCAAAAUUCAGGCUUCCAAAUUAUGCAAACCAUUUAUUUUUUAUAGACUAAUUUGUGAGGCUCAUGUCAUGCUCCAUUAUGUCAUGUUUUAGUUAAUCUCUUACAUUAAGGUUCA